GAAAUAUGUCGUUUUCCCAAAAAAAAAUUAAAAUUUUCAGGUUUUUUAGAUAUUCAUUCGGAUGGAUUCGAGUUCUGUUCAGAUAAAAACCAUAACCCAAAGUAACAUAAAACAAGUUACAUUCAGAAUUUAUGUCGGAUUCGGUUUGGUUAGAAUUUAUUUUUAUUGGGUCCGAUUUGGUACUGGUUCGGUUUCGGUUUAUUUAUCCAUUCCUAGGUGGUGUUAAAUUUACCGGGAACCUUGUGAAUCUAAUUGAAAAUUCCCUAAAUUAAUUGACUAAUUUUUGAAAAUUGAUGUUUUCCAAAUUUUAAAAGUUCCUUAUAAUGUUUUAAGCUUUCAUUAAAUCUUUUUAGUGCAAUCAUAUGGAGCAAUUCUCUCACUAAAAUUAAUAAUAUAAAAAUGAUAUUUAAAACUUGGUCCUAACUAAUUGAUAUUUAGGUGGGAUUGAUCGGGGUUUGAUAUGAUCAAUCUCGACAUGGAAAUGAGAUAUUUAAUAAUGAAAAUAAGAUGGUGGAGGAAAAAAACGACAUUACCAAAAUUUAGGUGAAAUUCAAAAAUCAUGAUUCGGUGCUAUCAGUUGCUUUGUCCGCCAAGUACAACUAGGAGAAGCUAGUGUUCACGUAUUUCUGUCAUUUAAGUUCUAGUUUUGAUCAAAAAAAAAAAAAGGUUCUAGUUUUGUUAUUCAAAGUAAUUUUUGCUUAUUUUUAGAUUGUACUUUAAAAUUUAAAGUUGUAGAUAAUGUCCUUAUAUAAUGUCAUUUCUUAUAAUGGUUUGUUUAGGCACUCCAAAUUAGAAAGUUCUUAAAUUUCAACCAAUAGAAGAAACGUACCAGCUUCUACACUACAAGUAAAACCAUUAUUCAUAAAUCGUCAUAGAAUAAUACAAUUUUCGAUUGUAGAGUCGAUUGUAGAGUGUUAUCAUCUAAUGUUUUCUCAUAAGUUGUAAUAUAAGAACUAGAGUUUGCGGGUGUUGGUUUUUAUAUUCUUAUAAAUUAAUAUUUAUUUUCAUAAUUAAUACUAUAUAUUUUAGAUAUGUCGAUGUAUAACUAAUUGUAUUUACAAGAUUCAGAUUGAAUUGAAUACCGUAGUUAUUUUUGAAAAAAAUAUUAUGAAUUUUUUUCAGAUACAUUAGUUAUUUGGAUAUUUUUAGGUUUCUAUACAUUAGAACAAAACUAUCUAAACCCGUGAGGACCCAACUCGAAACGCACACAUAAAUUUAUAAUAUCCAAACAGAUCUAAUUUCAAAAUCCAAAAGGUUCGAUAUUCGAAAGAAACAACCCGUACCUGAAUGAGUACACGAAUGUCCAUGCCUAACUGAUUAUGUAAACAAAUAAAAAUAAAAAUAUGUUUUUGUAGUAAAAUAAUUAUAUGGUGUGAAAAAUUAAGUGAUAAUAUAUGUAAUACAUAUUUAUUAUUUUGAUUUAAGUUAUUAUUUUUUCACAUAAAUUAUGUUUUUGAAUGAUGAGUUUGGCUAUGUAGUUUUCAACCGAUUAAAACUAAAGAUAUACUCCCUCUGUUCCCGAAAGUAAAAUUUUCUAAAGUGUUCACGCUUAUUAAGAAUUCAAUAAAUGUUUAUAAUUUAAUUUUUCUUUUACUUUAUUGUACACUUUCCAAUUACUUUUCACCAAUGAAAUUUAAUCAAUUCAAAUAUUUUUAUUUAAUAUUUCUUAAAAGUAUAAAAAAUACCUUAAACAUAUAUAAAAACUAUCUUUGUGGAACAAGUAAUAAAUCUAAAACAUCUUACUUUCGGGAACGAAAGGAGUAUUUUUUUUAGUAAAACAGACUAAACCGAAGUUUAGCCAUAUGCAGAACCCGAUUAUUAUACAUUUUUUAUUUUUAUAAUUGGUACAAAAUUGAUGUUGAUUAACUAUAGAAUAAAAAUGUGUGCUAUUAUUAUUAUGGUAAUAUAAUUAAUUAAAGAGUUAAACCGACUGAAACAUGAAAUGACAAUUAAUAUAAUAAUUUGUUGAAAGGAAUGUUAGUUUUAUUUGUUCUUUAGUUUGAAUAAUAUAUUCACACGUGUUCUCUCUCGAGUUCCUCUCAGCACCGUUGCGUUUCUCAGGGUUUUGAGGCGCUGCUAUCUUCCGCUCACGCUGAAAAUCAUUGCCAUCUCUCCAUAAUUAUUUUUUUUUUAACAAAAACAUGUUAAAUUCGGAUCUAUUAAAGAUACAUAUUUAACCUCCGGGUGGAGGUAUGUCUCAUAGAUAGACUUUCUUCUGGAUAUAACCAAGGUUCUCUGUAUUGAGUUUAUUUCCCUCAAGCGCCACUAGACUAUCACCACUGGUUAUCUUUCCGUAAUUAUUCCAAGGAGAAUUUAAAAAGAAACUAAAAAGGAAAAUAAGAGCCAAAAUUCCAGUUUUUGGAAGGUGAGUCCGAAAAUCUUUUGCCUUGAAGGGGAAGAUAAAGACAAAACAACAUUUAAUAUGUUUUGUUGUUAGCAAACUAAGGAAAACCACUUCCUUCAAACCAAGGUAGAAACACCACUAAAAGCAACCUAAGAACACAUACAAAUUAGAGAGAAGGGUCCAACAGUAAAAGCAAAAGAAGCCCUUUAAAAUGACGAUUGCAACAAAAAAAAAUCUAAAGAACCACUGACAAGAAUUUCGAGAAGCGAAGAUACGGACGGAAAACACCAUGCAAUACAUAAGGCACAUCAAUGACCAAACCACCAUCGUCGACCCUUAACUAAAGGUUCCAAAUUUAAAAUUUAGAUAUGCUUUCUGGAAAACAUCUAACAGACCAAAAGAACACGUAAACCGAAGAAGAAAAUAAUUAAAAGUUCAAAAAAAAACUAGGCCGGUUGUGGUUAAAAAAUCGGACAUAAAAAAUAUAGAUUUUUGAUUAAUUUGGGGAGAGAGAGGAUUGUAAUCAAGAACUAAGCUGUAUUAAACAAUCAAUUAGAGUAGUUAAAAAAAUUGUUAGGUCGUUGGUAAAAAGAAAAACAAUAGCCUAACGAAGUCUAUAGUCCUAAUGCAAUAGUUGCAGACAAUAGAGUUUAGAUAUGAGAAGAAGAAAAAAAGAUAAACAUUAUUUCUACCUGAAAUCUCACCAUUGCAACGUUGACACACACACACACAAGUACAACCAUUUCUCAUUACUCUCGUGAUAACGAUUUGGGUGGACAACAUAAUUAGUUGGACAGGGUUAUUCAGUACUAUUUUGUUCUUUAUUUAAAAUGUUUUAUAAUUGUUUAAAACAUUUAAAAAUUGUACAAAAACAAAACACACUCCCGAUCCUAUAUAUAAGAGGAAACUAAGCAGGCUGAAACCCAAACCAUUCAGGAAGGCUUCUGAGACAUAAACACAAAAUUAGAAGCUACGCAAGGAAAAAAAAAAUGGAAAAUGGUAGUAGGCACGUGCUGAAGCCGAUGGACUCUGAGCAACUGAGAGAGUACGGACAUCGAAUGGUGGACUUCAUUGCUGAUUAUUACAAAACUAUCGAAUCUUUCCCUGUCCUUAGCCAAGUUCAGCCUGGUUAUCUUCACAACCUUUUGCCUGAUUCAGCACCAGACCACCCUGAAACAGUUGAACAAGUUCUUGAUGAUGUUAAAACGAAGAUAUUGCCUGGAGUAACUCACUGGCAAAGCCCCAACUUCUUUGCUUAUUACCCGUCUAACAGCAGCGUUGCAGGGUUCUUGGGUGAGAUGUUGAGUGCUGGUGUUGGAAUUGUUGGUUUUAGUUGGGUAACGUCUCCAGCUGCCACUGAGCUCGAAAUGAUCGUUCUUGAUUGGCUUGCCAAACUUCUAAACCUACCCGAGCAUUUUCUCUCCAAAGGAAAUGGAGGUGGAGUCAUUCAAGGGUCAGCUAGUGAAGCUAUUCUUGUUGUUAUGAUUGCUGCCCGCGAUAAGGUCUUAAGAAGCGCUGGCAAGAACUCCCUUGGGAAGCUCGUUGUCUACUCCUCUGACCAGACACAUUCAGCUCUACAGAAAGCUUGCCAGAUAGCUGGAAUCCAUCCGGAGAAUUGUAGGGUGCUGAAAGCAGAUUCCUCUACAAAUUAUGCUCUGCGUCCAGAAUUGCUUCAAGAAGCCGUUUCUCGGGAUCUUGAAGCUGGAUUGAUUCCUUUCUUCUUGUGUGGCAAUGUUGGAACAACUUCUUCAGCAGCAGUUGAUCCACUAGCCGCACUGGGAAAGAUUGCAAAGAGCAAUGAGAUAUGGUUUCACGUGGACGCAGCGUACGCUGGAAGUGCUUGUAUAUGUCCAGAGUAUAGACAGUACAUAGACGGAGUAGAAACUGCAGACUCAUUUAACAUGAAUGCUCACAAAUGGUUCCUCACCAACUUCGAUUGUUCCCUGCUUUGGGUGAAGGAUCAGCAUGCUCUCACUGAAGCUCUGUCAACAAAUCCAGAGUUUCUCAAAAACAAGGUACGAAUGAUUUUGAUUUCAUAUUCAAUUCUUAUUAUUAUCAACUUUUUUUUUUUUUGGCAGGCCUCUCAGGCAAACUUAGUUGUUGAUUACAAAGACUGGCAGAUCCCUCUCGGACGAAGAUUCAGAUCAUUGAAACUAUGGAUGGUUUUAAGGCUCUAUGGAGCUGAGACUUUGAAGAACUAUAUAAGAAACCACAUCAAGCUGGCUAAAGAUCUUGAACAACUUGUCUCUCAAGAUCCUAACUUUGAGGUUAUCACUCCUCGGAUCUUUUCUCUCGUCUGCUUUCGUAUCGUUCCUACCGAUAACGAUGAAAAGAAGUGUAAUAGUCGAAACCUUGAGCUCCUAGAGGCAGUAAAUUCCUCAGGGAAACUCUUCAUUUCUCACACUGCUUUGUCGGGAAAAAUCGUUCUACGUUGUGCCAUUGGAGCGCCGUUGACAGAGGAGAAGCACGUGAAGGAGACAUGGAAGGUUAUUCAGGAAAAAGUAUCUUACUUGCUUCGCAAGUAAAACAAAUAUAAAAAGGGACACUAUAGUGAGCUGUUUUUUGCCAACAAAUCAAGGAUGCAUUGGAUUGGAUUGGAUUGGAUUGGAUUGGAUUGGUUUGGUUUGGUUUGAUAUAAUCAUAUUAAAUAAAAAAAAACUUACCAAAGUUGGAAUAACAAGUGAACUUCGGUAUGAUUGUGUAUCUCUUUCUAUAUAUUUUUUCUUCCAAUUGUGUGUAUUUUAUCUUUUCUCCAGUUGUGUGUAACUGUGUAUUCUAUCUUUUGGUUUGGUUUAUUGCGGUUAACUUUAACCAUUAACAAUGAACUUAUUGUAAGCAUAUGAGAAAAUCUUUUAAAAUUUAUCCAAUACUUUAUUCUUGCGACCCAAACAUGUGGACUUGUUUAUAUUUGUUUCAUCAUGAUACCUUAACCAAAUUUUAAAUGUGGUUAUGAGAGUAUAUAUAUGAGUUGUAAACCAUUUAAAAGCUUAAUUUUAAAUAUAAAAAGUGAAUCCACUAUCUAAAACUAUAUUAACAAAUAUUAAGUUUAACAAAGAGUUUUAGGUGUUGAUUGAUUAAGUUUUAGAUGAGUGCCAAACUUUUUAUCAGUCAAUCAACUUUUUGGUGUAUACACGAGCAUAAUGACUUACAUUUUAUUUAUAAAAAUUAGGAAUAAAUGAUUAGAGUAAUUCAAAUAACCAAAUCCAUGUUAUGAAAUCAACAUGAACAAUGUAUGUUAGUUGUACUUAGGGGUGUCAAAAUGGAUAAACCAACCCAAACCAAACCAUAUUCAAAUGGUUUUAAGCUUAUAUGGGUUAUGGUUUUAACCAAUCCAUUUGACAAAUGUAUUGGGUCAAUCCAUAACACAUUUAAGUUAAUGAGAUAAUGGUUUUAAUGGUUAACCCAUGAACAAUAAUUUUAUAGUUUAAAUGGUUACUAAGUAAAAAUAUUAUUUUGGGGCUGAAAACAAAAUGAAUACUUAGACUUUUGAUAAAUACAAUUAUAUGGUUUUGGUGUUAGAAACAAUAUAAUUAUUUUAGCAUAAUUUUGUGAUUUUAGUGAGAAAACUAUUUUUAACAUUUUGGCGGAAAAAAGAAAGAUUUUCUGUUUUAGCGAAAAUACAAUUUUACGGUUGUGGCGAGAAAACACAGUAUCACGGUUUUGGCCGGAAAAUAAAAUAUUGCGGUUUUGGCGGGAAAACACGAUUUUGCGGUUUUGGCGGGAAAACUCAAUUUUACGAUUUCGACAGGAAAACUCAAUUUUACGGUUUUGGCGGGAAAACUCAGUUUUACGAUUUUGGCAGUAAAUUCAAUUUUACGGUUUUCACGAGAUAACACGAUUUUAUGGUUUUGGUGGGAAAACAAAUUUUGCGGUUGUGACUGAAAACACAAUUUUCCCGAGAAAGCAUAAUUUUACGGUUUUGGCGGGAAAACUCAAUUUUACCGUUUUGGCGGGAAAAUCGAUUUUGUAGUUUUGGCUGAAAAACUCAAAUUUACGCUUUUGGUGGGAAAAUUCAAUUUUUCGGUUUUGGCGGGAAACUCAAUUUCACGGUUUUAGCGGGAAAACAUGACGUUGUCGUUUGGUAGGAAAAUUUGAUUUUACUGUUUUGGCGGGAAAAUGCAACUUUGCAGUUUGGCGGGAAAACUCAAUUUUACGGUACCUGACCCAGAGACGCAAACGUCUAGGAAUCGAAGAACCCAUACCCGAAAGAAACCGGUAUCCGACCCAGAGACGCAAACGUCCAUACCUGAACACAUCUUACGAAUGCAUCCUUCAUCAUAUAAUUUUGUGAAUGAAGUUCAUUGAUACAAAGAAAAAAAUUGUUAUUUGUUGGCUUGAAAUAUUGGAAUUGAUAACGUUUUUUAUCAUUAAUAACAAAAUCUGAACAAUAAAUGGUUUGUUAGUUAAAAAUCUGUUAGUUUUAAAAAUUAAAUUUAUCGGUGUGUGUCUGAAUAACAGAGAUUAUUAGUUCUAAAAAUAUUAGUGCAUUGAAAGACAAAAAAAUAGAAAGAAGAACUCGUGAACAAACAUCUUUAUAUAUAAAAGAGAGUUUCCUCUCUCCUGGGCGCGCCACGUCAGCAUCCAGCUAAGAAAUUCGAGUUUUGUGGGCGUGACACGUGUCGAGGUAAGGAAAAUGCGCCGUUUCAUUAAUUGCAAUUGAUACGAGCUUUUAUGAAUGUGUUUGGGCCUCAAGUGUGGAUGAAGAAACCAGUCAACCAACCCAAUAGAAAUCAACUUUAACGUUUAGGUUUAAGCGUCACCUUCCAUCCGACGUCGUACGAAUCCUUCUCAAUCAAGAACCAUAUAGCCAUUAAUGGAGUUUCAGGAAGAUGUUCGAGAUGUAUAUUCCUGAUGAAUCUUUGGAUCAAUUUUUUUUAUUAGUUUCUGGAUCUAGCUUUGUUCGCGUCCGUUCAUCUAAGAUUCUUCUCCUCUAAAACGUUAUGGAUACAUCAAUUCAUCGCCAUUAAGAAGCAUUUACUCCUUUGGACUACCACAUUCAAACAUUCAAUGCUUUGUAUUCCUCUUCCAGGCGGUGUUUAUAUACUUAAUCUUCUAAACAUCUCGCAAAGACGUUUCGACAUGCCCGUGACUAUUGAAUACAGUAUCACUUUCAAUAUAGAAGCUGUUUAAUGGCUAAAUCAUCGAUUCUUCUUGCAUAUUCUGAGACUGGAAGCUGUUCUUCCACCGUCAAGGUGCGAUUGCUCAGAUUCUCUCUUAUGGGUUUUUGUUUUCUUCUUACAAACUUACACCUACAUUUGAUCGACCGAUGUGUUGUUCGCAGGAAUCCAUGACCAUAGCUAUAUCGGUUCACAUGAUCCAGCAAGACCCAAACUGUUCAUAUUCAUUGGUACAUCCAAUUCCUUCCUACAAAGGUUAGGUUGAUCUAAAUCUCUCCGUCAGAUCUUUGGAACAGCUGAUUUUGUUUUGUUUUUCUUUAAUAUAUGAUGUUUUCAGUCUGAAAAUGGACUUUUGACAAUUUCUUUUAGGAAGGAGCAAGGAAGACAAUAAGACGACAGUAAACCAAAAUCGAGACUACUGUAUGUUUAGAUAAGCACUGGAUAUUGAAGAAGAAGCAUGAUAUGGAGGACUCCGGAAUGCAUGAAACCAUCUGUACUUUCUUACGGAUUUUGCUUUCUUUUUCCUCUCAUCUGUAGUCCAGAAGGUGUGGAGAGUUGAUGGGCGUGAAUCUGAUAAUGGUUGAUCAAAAGGUAACUAUUCUUACUGUUUACUUCGAUUUAACACCUUCUGGAUUAUCCUAUUUACAUGUCCUCUUACAUAGCCGCAGUCAACAAAGCAACAUAGCUUCUGUUCAGGCUCCGAGACACUGAAACCGCCGUCAUGUAUCCUAUGGCAUUCACAACCCUUCUGUAUUCAGAUCCAUGAUCAAUUUGAUGGGGUUAGUUCUUUCUUUUCUUUUGUGUGUAUUCACAUGCCGAUACUGAAGCUGGAUUUAAAUCCCUAGAUCAGAUUUUAAUUUCUAUGUUUAACUAAGAAAGUUGUGUUUGGAAAAUUUUAUGGAUGUGUUGGUGAGCGAGAUGUGGUCUCAUAGAUAUCCUGCGAUUUUUUAAAUCUUAUGCUUUUUAAAUUUUCUGUCGCUAUUUAUUAGCUCUUAUACCAUUACAUAAAUUGUGUGAUGAUGUGUGUACGCCCAUGUGUUCUUGGUUACGUCUUUCAAGAUUUUCAAUGAUGAUUCGUGAAGAUUACAUGUUGACUUCCAAUAUUUUUUUUUUGAAUUGGUAAUUAUUGUGAAAACCUUUGGUGGAAACAUGAAAUUAUGAACUUUGUUGUGUUCUAUUAGCUAUUUCACUCACACUUUAUACCAUCCCAUAAAUGAUGAGAUGAUGUGUGUGUGUCUGCCCCUCUGUUCAUGAAGAUAUACAGUUCUGAUGUCAUGUAUUUGUUUUUAGGAUUGGUAACAUUUAGAUUGCUCUAAUUACUAUGAAAACCACUGAUGGGAACAUGAAAGUAUAAAUUUUUGUUGUGCUCUAUUAGCUCUUUGACUGUACUUUUCAGGUGCAAUACUUUUGUGCUCUCAGUGUGGAGAAGCAGAUACUCUUAUCGCUCAAAUCUACUAAAUUUUUUUCUACUAAACGUUAAAUAGUAUUUCCAGGUGGUGGUGAUGACGGUGGCAGAGGAGGGGUUGCAGUGGUGGUGCUCAUGAAGAGCAUAUCGGGCAUGGAGAAUCAGAAGAUGGCGAGGGACCGGAGAAGAUGUGGAAUGGUUCGUCGACCAGUGACAUGGAACAGAUGGAUCUGGGACUAUUCUAAUGAUCACCACUAUUCUAUUUAACUGGGAUUGCUUUCAUACGUAAGUUGUUGUUUAUCAUAGUUUUAAGAAUAUUUGUCUGUGUUUAAGAUUUAAGAUUACACUUUUUGGUUUUAACCUUAUCACAAACUCAGUCCAAAACAUGGAGAAUUCUUUUUUACCAAAUGAUACUCUUUCUUUUUUUACAAAAAAAUAUGCUUUGUUUUCUAUAAGUGCAGUCACUACAAUUUCAUUUUUGAGGUGUUUUACCUUUGUAAUAGUUUGCUACCACUCCAUUGAUGGUAAACAUAAUGCUCCGGAACGGCUAAGUACAGUCUAUGAUAAUACCAACAUAUUUUGCGAAGUAAUAUAUUUUCGUUUACUAUGGAAUAAUAUCAUAUACAAAAAGAGAAUAAGUCAAGAGAAAAUAACAUAAAAGUAUACAUUAAACUAGGGCUUAGAAAAAUAUCAAAAUCGGAAAAUCCAACUUAAUAUCGAAGAUAUAAAAUAUAAUAUUCAAAAUAGCUAAAAUACUCAAAAAAUACUUAGAGCUGUCAAAAAUGCCUGAAAGUAUUUAAAAACUGUCAAAAGUAAAUACUUAAAAUAUUAAAAAAAAAAGAAGACUCAAAACAAUAAAUAUUUAGUGGUUUUUCCACUCUAAUAUCAAACGAACCAAAUUUCAUGAUAAUUUUAUGUAUUUAGUUAUACAUAAUUAUAACAUAUAAGAAUAUUACUUUUAUUUUGGGAUUUGAAGAUUUUAAAAUAUAUUUGGGUUUCAAUAAAAUAAAAUAAAAUAAACGGGUAGCAACCGAACCCGAACCAAAACUAAUAAAUAUCCAAAUAAAACUUAAAUCUCUAUAUCUUAAAACCCAAAAUCUGAAUAGCCAUAAAAUUAAACUCGAUCUAAUAUGAUGUCCACUCAUGCAUUAAAUUACAAUUAAAAUAAACUAGAAGUAUAACUCACAUUGCUUAUCUGCUCUUAAAAAUAAUUCUACAACAGAAUUCUUAUAGUGACGACCAUUAAGAUAUCUCUAACAACAUUAUAAUUAAAAAAAAAGAGCUUGAUUGUAAAAAAUAUGAAAACAAAUACGAACUAUAAUUUUUAAGUAAUAUAAAAACAAUUGUAAAAAAUGUAAAAAUAAUUACAAAAAUGUAUAAAUAACUCUAAAACUACAACAUAUUUUAUAAAAAAUGCGCACACCGACCCCUACCUUAAUAUACAAUUUAGUAAACACAGAUUACAAAUAGAUAUGCAAGACUUAUUAUAAACACUACAAGUAUUGAUCAUAACUAUAUAAAUGAUCUUUUAGAAAUAUGUAAAACUAAGAUAAAAUUAUACUUGAAUUGUACACAAAUUUUUUUAUAUAAUCAGAAGAGUUAAUCUUUUAAGCUAAAGAAUUAAAAUAUUAUCUUCACAUCAAAUUUUCAAAGAAACCGGCUAAAUUUAAUAAGAUUAUUAAAAUAUUAAAAAUAAACUAUAGAAUAAACUAACAUAUAACUUCUACACACCAACAUUCUUGAAAACCUUAAAUUUUAUAAUACAUUUCUCUUGCAAAAAACCCAUAGACCAUGUUCUAAAAUAAGAUACAAUUCUAUAGCUUCAUACAUCACAUAUAAAUCAUACCUCCGCGCGUAGCGCGGAUCGGCCCUAGUAUCAUAAAUAGGACACAUCAAUAAAAACAAAAAUAUGAUAGAGAAAAUUCACUGACUAAAAAUUCCUUUUGAUAUUAACGUCCCAAUAUUUUUUUUUAAAUUCUUUGAAAUAAUUAUUUGUUAACUCUUUUGUAAAAUCAUCACAAGGUAUGAUUUUGGUUGUUCUAUAAAAAAUUAUCUUUAAAAGCAGUGGAGUCGUCAGGAGAAAUCAGCAUCCAGCUAAGAAAUUCGAGUUUUGUGGGCGUGACACGUGUCGAGGUAAGGAAAAUGCGCCGUUUCAUUAACUGCAAUUGAUACGAGCUUUUAUGAAUGUGUUUGGGCCUCAAGUGUGGAUGAAGAAACCAGUCAACCAGCCCAAUAGAAAUCAACUUUAACGUUUAGGUUUAAGCGUCACCUUCCAUCCGACGUCGUACGAAUCCUUCUCAAUCAAGAACCAUAUAGCCAUUAAUGGAGUUUCAGGAAGAUGUUCGAGAUGUAUCUUCCUGAUGAAUCUUUGGAUCAAUUUUUUUUAUUAGUUUCUGGAUCUAGCUUUGUUCGCGUCCGUUCAUCUAAGAUUCUUCUCCUCUAAAACGUUAUGGAUACAUCAAUUCAUCGCCAUUAAGAAGCAUUUACUCCUUUGGACUACCACAUUCAAACAUUCAAUGCUUUGUAUUCCUCUUCCAGGCGGUGUUUAUAUACUUAAUCUUCUAAACAUCUCGCAAAGACGUUUCGACAUGCCCGUGACUAUUGAAUACAGUAUCACUUUCAAUAUAGAAGCUGUUUAAUGGCUAAAUCAUCGAUUCUUCUUGCAUAUUCUGAGACUGGAAGCUGUUCUUCCACCGUCAAGGUGCGAUUGCUCAGAUUCUCUCUUAUGGGUUUUUGUUUUCUUCUUACAAACUUACACCUACAUUUGAUCGACCGAUGUGUUGUUCGCAGGAAUCCAUGACCAUAGCUAUAUCGGUUCACAUGAUCCAGCAAGACCCAAACUGUUCAUAUUCAUUGGUACAUCCAAUUCCUUCCUACAAAGGUUAGGUUGAUCUAAAUCUCUCCGUCAGAUCUUUGGAACAGCUGAUUUUGUUUUGUUUUUCUUUAAUAUAUGAUGUUUUCAGUCUGAAAAUGGACUUUUGACAAUUUCUUUUAGGAAGGAGCAAGGAAGACAAUAAGACGACAGUAAACCAAAAUCGAGACUACUGUAUGUUUAGAUAAGCACUGGAUAUUGAAGAAGAAGCAUGAUAUGGAGGACUCCGGAAUGCAUGAAACCAUCUGUACUUUCUUACGGAUUUUGCUUUCUUUUUCCUCUCAUCUGUAGUCCAGAAGGUGUGGAGAGUUGAUGGGCGUGAAUCUGAUAAUGGUUGAUCAAAAGGUAACUAUUCUUACUGUUUACUUCGAUUUAACACCUUCUGGAUUAUCCUAUUUACAUGUCCUCUUACAUAGCCGCAGUCAACAAAGCAACAUAGCUUCUGUUCAGGCUCCGAGACACUGAAACCGCCGUCAUGUAUCCUAUGGCAUUCACAACCCUUCUGUAUUCAGAUCCAUGAUCAAUUUGAUGGGGUUAGUUCUUUCUUUUCUUUUGUGUGUAUUCACAUGCCGAUACUGAAGCUGGAUUUAAAUCCCUAGAUCAGAUUUUAAUUUCUAUGUUUAACUAAGAAAGUUGUGUUUGGAAAAUUUUAUGGAUGUGUUGGUGAGCGAGAUGUGGUCUCAUAGAUAUCCUGCGAUUUUUUAAAUCUUAUGCUUUUUUAAAUUUUCUGUCGCUAUUUAUUAGCUCUUAUACCAUUACAUAAAUUGUGUGAUGAUGUGUGUACGCCCAUGUGUUCUUGGUUACGUCUUUCAAGAUUUUCAAUGAUGAUUCGUGAAGAUUACAUGUUGACUUCCAAUAUUUUUUUUUGAAUUGGUAAUUAUUGUGAAAACCUUUGGUGGAAACAUGAAAUUAUGAACUUUGUUGUGUUCUAUUAGCUAUUUCACUCACACUUUAUACCAUCCCAUAAAUGAUGAGAUGAUGUGUGUGUGUCUGCCCCUCUGUUCAUGAAGAUAUACAGUUCUGAUGUCAUGUAUUUGUUUUUAGGAUUGGUAACAUUUAGAUUGCUCUAAUUACUAUGAAAACCACUGAUGGGAACAUGAAAGUAUAAAUUUUUGUUGUGCUCUAUUAGCUCUUUGACUGUACUUUUCAGGUGCAAUACUUUUGUGCUCUCAGUGUGGAGAAGCAGAUACUCUUAUCGCUCAAAUCUACUAAAUUUUUUUCUACUAAACGUUAAAUAGUAUUUCCAGGUGGUGGUGAUGACGGUGGCAGAGGAGGGGUUGCAGUGGUGGUGCUCAUGAAGAGCAUAUCGGGCAUGGAGAAUCAGAAGAUGGCGAGGGACCGGAGAAGAUGUGGAAUGGUUCGUCGACCAGUGACAUGGAACAGAUGGAUCUGGGACUAUUCUAAUGAUCACCACUAUUCUAUUUAACUGGGAUUGCUUUCAUACGUAAGUUGUUGUUUAUCAUAGUUUUAAGAAUAUUUGUCUGUGUUUAAGAUUUAAGAUUACACUUUUUGGUUUUAACCUUAUCACAAACUCAGUCCAAAACAUGGAGAAUUCUUUUUUACCAAAUGAUACUCUUUCUUUUUUUACAAAAAAAUAUGCUUUGUUUUCUAUAAGUGCAGUCACUACAAUUUCAUUUUUGAGGUGUUUUACCUUUGUAAUAGUUUGCUACCACUCCAUUGAUGGUAAACAUAAUGCUCCGGAACGGCUAAGUACAGUCUAUGAUAAUACCAACAUAUUUUGCGAAGUAAUAUAUUUUCGUUUACUAUGGAAUAAUAUCAUAUACAAAAAGAGAAUAAGUCAAGAGAAAAUAACAUAAAAGUAUACAUUAAACUAGGGCUUAGAAAAAUAUCAAAAUCGGAAAAUCCAACUUAAUAUCGAAGAUAUAAAAUAUAAUAUUCAAAAUAGCUAAAAUACUCAAAAAAUACUUAGAGCUGUCAAAAAUGCCUGAAAGUAUUUAAAAACUGUCAAAAGUAAAUACUUAAAAUAUUAAAAAAAAGAAGACUCAAAACAAUAAAUAUUUAGUGGUUUUUCCACUCUAAUAUCAAACGAACCAAAUUUCAUGAUAAUUUUAUGUAUUUAGUUAUACAUAAUUAUAACAUAUAAGAAUAUUACUUUUAUUUUGGGAUUUGAAGAUUUUAAAAUAUAUUUGGGUUUCAAUAAAAUAAAAUAAAAUAAACGGGUAGCAACCGAACCCGAACCAAAACUAAUAAAUAUCCAAAUAAAACUUAAAUCUCUAUAUCUUAAAACCCAAAAUCUGAAUAGCCAUAAAAUUAAACUCGAUCUAAUAUGAUGUCCACUCAUGCAUUAAAUUACAAUUAAAAUAAACUAGAAGUAUAACUCACAUUGCUUAUCUGCUCUUAAAAAUAAUUCUACAACAGAAUUCUUAUAGUGACGACCAUUAAGAUAUCUCUAACAACAUUAUAAUUAAAAAAAAAGAGCUUGAUUGUAAAAAAUAUGAAAACAAAUACGAACUAUAAUUUUUAAGUAAUAUAAAAACAAUUGUAAAAAAUGUAAAAAUAAUUACAAAAAUGUAUAAAUAACUCUAAAACUACAACAUAUUUUAUAAAAAAUGCGCACACCGACCCCUACCUUAAUAUACAAUUUAGUAAACACAGAUUACAAAUAGAUAUGCAAGACUUAUUAUAAACACUACAAGUAUUGAUCAUAACUAUAUAAAUGAUCUUUUAGAAAUAUGUAAAACUAAGAUAAAAUUAUACUUGAAUUGUACACAAAUUUUUUUAUAUAAUCAGAAGAGUUAAUCUUUUAAUCUAAAGAAUUAAAAUAUUAUCUUCACAUCAAAUUUUCAAAGAAACCGGCUAAAUUUAAUAAGAUUAUUAAAAUAUUAAAAAUAAACUAUAGAAUAAACUAACAUAUAACUUCUACACACCAACAUUCUUGAAAACCUUAAAUUUUAUAAUACAUUUCUCUUGCAAAAAACCCAUAGACCAUGUUCUAAAAUAAGAUACAAUUCUAUAGCUUCAUACAUCACAUAUAAAUCAUACCUCCGCGCGUAGCGCGGAUCGGCCCUAGUAUCAUAAAUAGGACACAUCAAUAAAAACAAAAAUAUGAUAGAGAAAAUUCACUGACUAAAAAUUCCUUUUGAUAUUAACGUCCCAAUAUUUUUUUUUAAAUUCUUUGAAAUAAUUAUUUGUUAACUCUUUUGUAAAAUCAUCACAAGGUAUGAUUUUGGUUGUUCUAUAAAAAAUUAUCUUUAAAAGCAGUGGAGUCGUCAGGAGAAAUCAGCAUCCAGCUAAGAAAUUCGAGUUUUGUGGGCGUGACACGUGUCGAGGUAAGGAAAAUGCGCCGUUUCAUUAACUGCAAUUGAUACGAGCUUUUAUGAAUGUGUUUGGGCCUCAAGUGUGGAUGAAGAAACCAGUCAACCAGCCCAAUAGAAAUCAACUUUAACGUUUAGGUUUAAGCGUCACCUUCCAUCCGACGUCGUACGAAUCCUUCUCAAUCAAGAACCAUAUAGCCAUUAAUGGAGUUUCAGGAAGAUGUUCGAGAUGUAUCUUCCUGAUGAAUCUUUGGAUCAAUUUUUUUUAUUAGUUUCUGGAUCUAGCUUUGUUCGCGUCCGUUCAUCUAAGAUUCUUCUCCUCUAAAACGUUAUGGAUACAUCAAUUCAUCGCCAUUAAGAAGCAUUUACUCCUUUGGACUACCACAUUCAAACAUUCAAUGCUUUGUAUUCCUCUUCCAGGCGGUGUUUAUAUACUUAAUCUUCUAAACAUCUCGCAAAGACGUUUCGACAUGCCCGUGACUAUUGAAUACAGUAUCACUUUCAAUAUAGAAGCUGUUUAAUGGCUAAAUCAUCGAUUCUUCUUGCAUAUUCUGAGACUGGAAGCUGUUCUUCCACCGUCAAGGUGCGAUUGCUCAGAUUCCUUUUGAUAUUAACGUCCCAAUAUUUUUUUUUAAAUUCUUUGAAAUAAUUAUUUGUUAACUCUUUUGUAAAAUCAUCACAAGGUAUGAUUUUGGUUGUUCUAUAAAAAAUUAUCUUUAAAAGCAGUGGAGUCGUCCUAUAUUUUAUGGUAUAAUCACCAAACGUAAAAUUAUGCAGAAUAAAAGAAUCCUCUUGAGAUAACUUAGAUUAGAAUUUACCAAAAAACAAGUCGCCAAAAGAACAUUUUUCAAUAGAAGCAUGAGUCUUAGUUCCCUACAAAUCAAUUUUCAAAAUAAGUGACUAACACCAAAUCAUAUAAUUAACGUGAAUCAAUAACGAAGUAAAUUAAUAUAUUUACAAAGGUAUCAACCAACACCAGUUCAGUUGAAACAAAUUUUGAAUUUUUCAUGAUUUUAAAGUAUCAACACAUUUACUCUAAUUUUAUAGCAAUCUUUAAUCGACUCAGUAUCUCUAAUAAGAAAAAAAGAAACAUGCUUCUUUUUUAAAAAGACAACAUUCAAAAAUGUUUCAUGAUAUUUAAAGAUGAAGUUUGUAAGUUUUGUGUGUAUUUCCCGUCAAACGUAUGAUGAGAAUAUAUAUAUACUAUCAUAGCACAUAUUCGGAAAAUUAUUACAAUACAUUAUUAAGAUGGAUAGUAAGAUAAAGUCGGCCUCAUUGUUUUACGUAUUAGCAUUUACAUACUACUAUAACUAUAAUACGACAUUGACUAAGAUAAAUGUUACUUACACACUAUCUAUAUUAUCAUUAAACAAUAAACUACAAUAAAAAUAGAUUAUGUUCCACAUCCAGAAACAAAUAUGAUUUAAAAUUAUCCAAUGACAAAUAUGACUUUAAAAUAGAAUAAUAAGAAUUGGUCCUAUCUAAACUUACAAUUUUUUAAAAAAA